AUGAAGUUCCGCGAUGGCAUGUGGCUGACAGCCGAGGGGGUGAGAGUCGAGUACGCGGAGGAGGUAUACAACAUCAAAAAGACAGGCCGGGGCUUGAGCCUGCUAUGCCCCACCAAGAAGAUCAAGUCUCGCGGGGAUACUCUCAACCUGAGCACCUUGACAAUCGACGUUGAAGCCCAGAGCGACGGCAUCAUCUCCGUCGAGACCACCCACUGGGAUGGGGCCAUCAACAGAGGACCACACUUUGACCUGUAUCCCGGAGGCAAGCCCGAUGUCGAAUUACAGGUUGCCCAAGGGGACAAAGGCACGACCUUGACCUCGGGCUCACUGGCUGCUACCAUCAAGCCCGGGACGUUCGACAUCAGCUUCGAUGCGGCAGAUGGCUCCAAACAUCUCACCUCUCUCCUGAACAGGAGUGUUGGCCUGGCCUAUAACCCGGCUCCCAGCAACCCCUUACAGACCGGCGACAUGCGGGACUUUAAGCACUACCUCUUCACCCAGACGUCCCUAUCCGUGGGGGAGUCUGUCCACGGCCUCGGCGAGAGGUUUGGGGCCUUCAACAAGCUGGGCCAGUCCAUCACGCUGUGGAAUGCCGACGGCGGCACGUCCAGCGACCAGGCCUACAAGAACAUCUCCUUCUGGCUGAGCAACCGCGGGUAUGGCGUCUUCAUCGACCACUCGGGCAAGGUCGAGCUUGAGGUCGGCAGCGAGCGUUGUGCCCGCGUCCAGACGAGCGUCGAGGGCCAGAGGCUCAAGUGGUGCAUCAUCCACGGCAGGACGCCCAAGGAGGUCCUCCACCGGUAUUCCACACUGACGGGUCGCCCGGGCAGGGUCCCGUCGUGGAGCUUCGGGCUGUGGCUGAGCACGAGCUUCACGACCAACUACGACGAGGCGACGGUCAACUCGUUCCUCGAGGGCAUGAAGGAGCGCGACAUUACCGUCGACGUCUUCCACUACGACUGCUUCUGGAUGCCCGCCUUCAAGUGGACCGACUUCGUCUUCGACUCGGAGCGGUUCCCGGACCCCAAGGCCCAGAUCGGCCGGCUCAAGGCCUCGGGCCUGGUCAAGAAGGUGUGCGUGUGGAUCAACCCGUACAUCGCGCAGCACGGCGAGGCGUUCCGCGAGGGCGCCGAGAAGGGCUACUUCCUGCGGCGCAAGAACGGCGACAUCUGGCAGUGGGACCUAUGGCAGGCCGGCAUGGCCCUCGUCGACUUCACCAACCCGGCCGCCUGCGAGUGGUACGUCGGCUGCCUGAACAAGCUCUUCGACCAGGGCGUCGACGCCAUCAAGACCGACUUUGGCGAGCGCAUCCCCUCGCGCGACGUCGCGUGGCACGACGCCUCCGUGGACCCGGAGAAGAUGCACAACUUCUACGCCUUCCUGUACAACAAGGUCGUCUACGAGGCGCUGCAGGCGCGCUACGGCGCCGACCAGGCGGUGCUGUUCGCGCGCGCCGCCACCGCGGGGACGCAGCGAUUCCCUCUGCAGUGGGGCGGCGACUGCGAGUCGACGCCCGAGGCCAUGGCCGAGUCGGUGCGCGGUGGCCUGGGCCUGGGGCUGGGCGGGUUCGCCUUCUGGAGCGUCGACAUCGGCGGCUUCGAGGGCUACCCGCCCGCCUGGGUGUACAAGCGCUGGGUCGCCUUCGGCCUGCUGUGCAGCCACUCGCGCCUGCACGGAAGCAGCUCCUACCGCGUGCCGUGGACCAUCGACGGCGACGACAAGAGCGACGAGGGCUGCACGAGGACCCUCGCCAGAUGGACCGCCCUGAAGAACAGGCUGAUGCCGUACCUCUUCGCCCAGGCCGCCAAGGCCAUCGACGGCGGCCUGCCCCUGAGCCUGAGGGCCAUGUGUCUCGAGUUCCCUGACGACCCGACGUCUUGGUACCUUGACAGGCAGUUCAUGGUUGGCGAGAACUUGCUGGCGGCGCCCAUCUUUGACGAGAGCGGCGAGGUUGAAUUCUACCUACCCAAGGGCAAGUGGACGUCGUUUUUCACCAAUGAGGUGCGCACUGGGCCCGGUUGGUUCAGGGAGAAGCAUGGCUUUGGGACCUUGCCACUGUACGUCAGGGAGAACUCUAUCCUGCUGCUCGGCAAGCAGGGCGUGAGAGGUGCGGUCUACGACUACGCCGAGGACUUGGAGGUCUGCUUGUAUGGAGUCAGUGAGGGUACCAAGGCCACGCUGUUGGACAAUGAGGGCAAGGAGCUUGGUACGAUAGGAGUGGCGGCUGAUGGGAAGUUGCAGGGUGAGGAAAUCCUCAAGGGGAAACCGACUGUGAGCAAGGACGGGAGGCAAAUCGACGAGUCUGUGAGCAGGGGUAUCAAGCUACUCACAUAG